GUCAUGAAAAAUCAAAUUUUACAGUUAUUUUAGCAUGUAUGGCUAAUGGUACAAAAUUACCAGCAGUUUGUAUUUUCAAACUUAAAAAUAUCUCAAGAGUAUCAUUUCCUCAAGAAAUUCAUAUACACGUAAAUGAAAAAGGAUGGUGUAAUAAACAAGAAAUGAUUUGGUGGAUUGAGAAUGUAUGGACUCAAAGAAAUCCACUUG